CAAAAAGUCUGUUAAACAGUUUUAGCAAACGGAAUUCUCUAUACAUAAUUCCCUCUAAUAGCUUUCUCGCCAGUCACUUGGUCUAUGUUUAACAACCGACUUCAAGCUUAUUUUACUUUGCUAUUUGUGUCCACAUUUAAAGUUACACACAUCGAAGUUUUCUUUUAUUUGUUUUAUUUAAAUAAGAUUAUAUAAAUUUUUCUUUUCUUUUUCUACCAAUUAAUUCACAUCAUCGAUAAAAUGGCUGAUACAAUUGUUUGGAACACAACCGCUGAAGAGAUCAUCAAGAUUUACAAAACAGACCUUAGUGGUAAAGUAGUCAUUGUUACUGGCUCCAACGCAGGUAUUGGAUUAGAAAUCGCCCGUGUUCUAUCUCUUGCUGGCGCCAAAGUCAUUAUCCCUUCUCGUACACUUGAAAAGUCUCACCAAGCUAUUGCCACUAUUCAUGAAACUGUCCCCCAAGCCGAUCUCAUUCCUAUGCAAUUAGACUUGAGUGACUUUGCCACCGUUCGUAAAUUCGCACAAGAUUUCCUCGCCCUCAAUCUGCCACUGGAUAUUCUGGUCAAUAAUGCAGGCAUUGUCAUUGAACAGAAAGUUCUUACCAAAGAUGGCUUCGAAUCCCAAUUUGCUGUGAACCAUCUGGGUCAUUUCUUACUAACCCAACUCCUAGAAGAAAAAAUUAAAGCUAGUGCACCUUCCCGUAUCGUCAUCACCAGUUCUGCUUUCAAUGCACAGUUCAACCCUAUCACCGGAUUGGAUUUUGACAAUCUGAAUGGAGAAAAGGAAGGCUAUAGUAUGCUGUGUGCGUAUGGUCGAAGUAAAUUGUGUAAUAUUUACCAUGCUAAAGAACUUCAACGAAGAUUUAACGCCCAAGGUGUGGAUGUGACCGUCACCAGUCUUCAUCCGGGCAAUGUCAAAACGAAAAUGAAUGGCGGUGCUACUUUUUCCAUCUUGAAAGAUUUGUUGAAACAUAUUCGUCGUGUUAGUUUAACCAUUUCGGACUUCAUGAGUCCCAAGGAUACAAAAUUAGGUGCUUCUACCUCGGUGUUAUGUGCUGUGUCACCCAAUACAGUGAAAGGUGCCUUUUAUAAUAACAAUAAGAUAAACACAGAUCUUUUACAUGAAGAAGCAGAAAACGAGGAAGCCGCUAAAAGAUUAUGGGAUCUUUCAGAAAAAUUACUGUCUAAAUAAUUAUAAUAAAAAAAAA